GCUUUUAUUUAGCUCCACCCCAUUCAACUUCCCUAUAUACGCACUACUUCCUUUACAUGUAUAAACCCCCCUUGAUUCCCUCCCACUCUCUCUCUUCCUCAAACAUAUCUCUCAUCGUGUUCUAUACCACCCAGAAGUUGUUUUGGAGUUGAAGAUCCAACAUGGGGUUUAUACUGAAGGAGGAGAAGUCGAAGAAGGUUCUCAGGGGCGUGAAGACUGUGUUCUUCUUGAUCACCAUGUUGAUCUCUCUGCUUCUGUUCUCGGCGCCGAUUCUUCUCGUCAUGGCCGACACGCUUCUCCCCUCGGUUCUUCUCUCGGCUUCUUCCUCCGCCUCUUUCUCUUUCGAAGCUCUAUCUUCCCAUUUGAGCAACUACGAUUUCCGGUACUCGCUCGUUGAUAUUCCUCUCAUCUCCAUUAUAAGAUCCGCCGUUAUAUUCUGUGUGUAUAGCUUCUGUGACGGACCGGGACUUUCACACGGGCCCUAUUUGGGGAUCACGACCAUAUGCUCUGUUCUAUCACUCGUGUUCGUCUCGUUCAAGGCUUCCUUUGUGUUCGGAGCUCCGGCGGUUUCGGGUUCGGAGCAAGGGGGCGAGUAUUUGAGAGCCUCGGAGAUAGCUCUGUUCCUCUGCUCGUUUGCUUUGGCCGUCGGGCAUAUUGUGGUGGCGUAUAGGACGAGUUGCAGAGAAAGAAGGAAGCUUUGGGUUUACAAAAUUGACAUCGAAGCUAUUUCAGCUUGCAAAAACGGGUUUCCAAGAUACCAGAAGAAGCUUCAAGAGGCCGAAAAGGUGAAGUCAUUAGUAUAGUAGCCGACUAAUCGCCCAUGAAGCUAUUUUCGUUGCGUGAUUCCUUCAUUAUACAGAUAUUUAUUAGGUGGAAUCAGAAAUUCACAAUACUAGUGGAGGCAAAAUGUAUGGAAAAUUCUAGUAGAAAAAAGCUAUAGCAGCCACCCGCAGUUACACGUUGUCAACCGGUGGUUGUGAUCAUUCAUCACAUAGUAGAGAUCGAUGAUAGAGCUAGGCUACCAUUUCCGGCAGAUAUUAUCAAUUUUUGUUUCUAUUCACAUCAAAUGUACAGAUAAAAGUUUGUAUAUAAAGGAUAGGAUACUAAGGAAGUACGUAGCCGAAGGCUGUUGAGAACUUCUCUGUGAAAUUAAUGGAAUCAGUGUAUUCUCAUA